UGUUAUAAUGUAAUGUAAUUUCAAUGAUUUGUAAAUCAGAUAUAAUUGAAAUUAUAUAUAUAAUUCGUGCAUUUAUGAAUCGAUCAUUGAUCUUCACUAAUCAAGAUAUUAUAUCACUUUGUUUUAUAUAUAUUUUCAUGAUGUAUAUAUACGAUACUUUAAAGAGUUAAUUUAUAGAAACAUGUAAUGUGUGAAAGAUUUGGAAUAGGAAGGCUAUAAGGUUUUACACUGAUAUACUUUUGUCUUUUUAAAGAAAAUUUCACUUGCAUUUAAAGAGUAUUAGAAUAUAUAGAAUAGUUUCUUCUUUUAAACUUUUUACAAUUUGGUUCUACCUGUGUAAUGUGAUUAUUGCCUGCAAGAUAAAAGUGGAAUAAUGUAUAUAGUUAUAAUAAUUAGGAGGUAAAUUCUUUUUAUUAAUUAUAUAGUUGUACACUAUCAUUUAAUACUUACUAUCAGAUUCUAUACUUUCUACUGGUAGUACAUCACUAAAAUUUUCAUCAACCAUAUCUAUAGAAUUCUUUGUGCUAUUCUCGCAUGCACUAUCGUCCUCGUAUGUGAUAGAGAUAUCACUAGAUUCCAAUGUACUUUCUAAUGUUGAUUCUAGUAUUGUUUCAUUUGCCUUUUUUUCCUUCGAAUUUAAUAUAAUUUGCAAUAAUACUGAUGGAUCAUCUAUCCCCAAGGUAUUACAAAAUUUUGUAGUUUGAUUAUUUAUUAUUAAUUUUGGUAUUUCAUUUUGGUCAUCCAUUAACUCUGGGUCAUAAGGUUUAACAGUUUGUAUAAAAUUUAUUGGUACUUUUAAAUCAUAAUUAAAUUUCUUUAAUACAUUCUCCUUUUCUUCUGUAGUUGGUGUGUACGUCCAUCUACCAUUGCCAUUUUGCCCAGGCAUGUAAUGAAUGCCAUUUUUAACACUAAGCAGGUGAUUUGUUAAAUAAAGAAUUGUUAACCAUUCUAAAUCAUAGCUGAGAGUUAAUGGUAAAUUUGGAUUAUCGUUUAUUUCUACAACUUGAAGAAAUUUCCUUUUUGGCAAACACUUAUCCAAUGCUAAAAAUUUGGUUACUCUUGUACCAUCUUUUUCAGGAAUAAGUGCUGCAAAUUUACAAUGUAAAUGUGCAGAAAACCAAUAUGAUGGAUAGUGGUAUUUCAAAAGUUCCAUGUUUGCUGGACUACCAAGUGUGUUGUUUUCAAUAUCAGCCCUACAAUAUAAUGCUUUAUAUACUGCAUGUUGUUUUUAGAUUUUUUAACCUAAAUUGAAGUACAAUGACAAAAGAUAAAUACUUAAAAUAUGGUUUGCCCUUUAAAAGCUUAUCCUCAUUUCCAUAUUUUGUCACUCCAUUUGGCCAAUCAUGAGAUAAAAAAAUAUCAAUUUUACCAGAUAUCUAUUAGUAAAAAUUUGAAAUUUCUUAUAAAUAAUAUGUUGCAUAUAGUUUACAAUUAUUAAUAAAUGUAAACAUGAAUACAUUUAUGUUUAUAAUUACCUGUUUUAAUCGAUAUACUUCUAUGUUUCUAAUGUGAUAAACGCUGCGAAUUGUGCUUUUUGUAUAUGGUGGUUUUUCGUGAUGUCCUUGCAUCCAAUCUUGACUCUUAUAAAUACCAGAAAUUCCAGCGAUCCUAAUCCCACCUAUUUGUAUAACGUUGGCAUAGCCAAGAUAAUAAAUAUUAGGAGCAACCCAUCCACCAUAUGGUAACUCUUGAAGAUAGUUUGAAGCUUCAUGAUUACCACCAAUAAAAAUAGUUAAUAAUGGAGCGACCUUUUCUCCUGAGUAAUAUCUAUGAGAUAUUUAUACUAAAUUAGUAUUCAAAAUAACUUUAACAAUAAUACUUUAUAUUAUUAAAAAAUUAUAAUUCCUUAUCAUUUAUACUUACUUGUAAAAAGUACACAUGUCUUUAUAUUUAUCAGGUACUGCCAUACAUUUUAAGUCACAUAAAUUCCUCGUUGAUUGAAAAUCACCACAGCAUACAAGUAAAUCUAUUUUUUUUCCAUUGACUCUUUCAAUCUCCUGUAUAGUGUCAUAUAUAAUUUCCAAUUCGCCAUGAGCACAUCCUUCAACUGCGAUUCUCAUAUUGUAAUUCGGAAUAUUUGAUUACAAAAAAAUUGAUUCCGCUUCUUUUUUAUAUUUACAGUAAACUAAACAAAAACUUUAUAUCCUUCACUUUUUAUUUUUUGGUUAUAAUAGUACAAUAUCCAUAAUCAAAUGUGGAACCAAAUCUGAAAUCAAAAUGUGGGAUCUGUUAAGUGCUGUAUGUCUUGAACGUCAUCCGAUUAUUACAAAACCCAUGAAUGAAAUGGAAACAAAUUAUUAUAAUUUAUUAAAAAGAAUAGAAUAUGAAAAUAGUAUGAAGUCAGACCAUGAGCUUAAACUUGAAAAGGAGAAACUUGAGCAAAAUCAACCAUUAGAAUCAAAUAUUGCAGAUACUGACAUUGUUUCGUUGCAAACAGCGCAAGAGUUUGAAGAUAAUUGCCAAGAAGAAUUAAAAAACUUUCAAUUUGCAUCUAGAAUUACAGAAUUUGAUAAAUCUAAUGAUAAAACUAGUCAUAUGUAUAAUUUAGACAGAACAUUAGUUUUCCUUGUAGAACAAAAUGUCAAUAAUACUGCUUCCUGGAUUCCUCCUCAAGGUCUUAGAAAAGAUGGAGAAACGAUGAGGCAAGCAGCAGAAAGAGUAUUGCAAGAAUUUUGUGGUACAGAAAUGACUGUUAAAUUUUAUGGAAAUGCACCAAUUGGUUUCCAUAAAUAUAAAUAUUUAGAGCAGGAUAAUAAAAAAAGCGAUAAGUGUGGAGCAAAGGUAUUUUACUUUUUAGCUCGAUACAUAAAUGGAUCUAUUGCAAACGAUUUAAAAUAUCAAUGGUUAGAUAAAGAAGAAUUAAGGAAAACUAUGCCUCCUACAUUUUAUCAAAAAAUAUCAAAUUUUUUAAUAUUUGAGUAACCAAUAUUAUAAAAUUAUUUACUCGCUUUUACUAUAAUAAAUAAAUUAUCUAUUGUAA